GGUAGAAUUGGUAAGAAAUUUACAUCCGCUUCCGUCCGCUGCUGAAAGGAAAGCAAAAUUAGCUGGCUUGCUAACAGCUGUUGCCUCAAAGAAAAGCCGAAGGCUGGCUAACUGGUGCUGCCUGGGUUCCUUUAUAUGAGAAGUUGUGCUGCUUCGCUAAAUAGCAAGCCAGCGAGGAACAAUAAUAACGUCACCAUAGUUAGCACAGGUAGCCUGCCGGCCUGUCUCUCUGCGGUGUGAUCAUGGCGUCCGCCCCGGCGCAGCAGCCUGUCCUGACGGUGGAGCAGGCCAGAGUGGUGCUGAGUGAGGUGAUCCAGGCCUUCUCUGUCCCGGAGAACGCCGCGCGCAUGGAGGAGGCCCGGGAGGGCGCCUGCAACGACAUGGGCAAGAUGCUGCAGCUGGUGCUGCCCGUCGCCACCCAGAUCCAGCAGGAGGUCGUCAAGGGAUACGGUUUCAACAAUGAGGGAGAGGGUGUCCUAAAAUUUGCACGACUGGUCAAGAUGUAUGAAACCCAGGACCCAGAGAUUGCUGCCAUGUCUGCCAAACUCAAGUCUCUGCUGUUGCCUCCCAUGUCAGCCCCGCCCAUAGGGGGCGGGAUCACAGCCUCAUAGACACGCCCCUCACGUGUCACCCAUUUCAAAGGGGAGAGGGGGGGUGAAGAUUUUGAUUGACAGAAAAGUUCAUCAAAGAGCUCAGUUCUAAACAACCAAGUAAAAACAUGCCAGCACAGAAAGCAAAGUUCAAAUAGCCAACUGUAUGACUGAGUUUCCCCACACUUUUCCCCCUUCUACCUGGACUGUGAGUUUUCCCACAUUUUCCCCCCUUCUCCCUGGACUGAGAGUUCCCACACUUUCCCCCCUUCUACCUGGACUGAGUUUCCCCACACUUUUCCCCCUUCUACCUGUAGCAUGCAGCAGAGGAAUUGGCAUUAAAGUUUGCAGCUGACUUUAAAGAGAUCUCAGAGUAUCAACCAUCAAACUGACAUCCAGGUAUCACAGUACAAUUCAACACUACAGAAUUCGGCUGUAUGGUGUAAAAUGUGCAUUGGAGAACCUUGAGAUAUUCUUCCACAUUCCCACAUUCUAUUCCAGCCUUAAAUGGGAUCAGUUCUGACCACGUCACUCGCCAGAGUAUAGCAUUGUCAGAUGUGUUUACGAUUCCCUCUUUACCACAUUUGUUUUUUUUCAUUGAUGUUGAAGCAGCUUCGGUGUGGUCUAGUUCUGUGAAAACAGCUCUUUCCUUCGCUUUUAUUUCUGCAAUAUUGUUUUUUUUA